GAACCGCUCCGUCUGCAAACCGCACCCAGCAACAACAAACAACAGCAGCGAACAACGCAAGCGCGCGUCAGCAUCACACGACUGCUCCCAGAUUUUGAUUCGCGGAGACGGCGAUGAGCUCCCGGAUGGCCGGAUCCGUCCUCCUCCGCCACGCCGGCGCCAGCCGCCUCUUCUCCGCGACCGCGACCUCUCCUGCGGCGGCGGCGGCGAGGCCGUUUCUGGCUGGCGGAGAGAGCGUCCCUGGGGCGUGGGUGCGGCUGAUGUCCACGUCCGCUGGCUCGCAGGCGAAGCAGGAGGCGGCGAAGGCGGCUGCACCGCCCAAGGACAAGGAGGGCGGGGAGAAGAAGGAGGUGGUGGUCAACAGCUACUGGGGGAUCGAGCAGGCGAAGAAGCUGGUGCGCGAGGACGGCACCGAGUGGAAGUGGUCUUGCUUCAGGCCAUGGGAGACGUACACCGCGGACACGUCCAUCGAUCUGACCAAGCACCACGUGCCCAAGACGAUGCUCGACAAGAUCGCUUACUGGACCGUCAAGUCGCUGCGCUUCCCCACCGACAUCUUCUUCCAGAGGAGGUAUGGCUGCCGCGCAAUGAUGCUGGAGACGGUUGCGGCAGUGCCCGGGAUGGUGGGCGGCAUGCUCCUCCACCUGCGUUCCCUCCGGCGCUUCGAGCAGAGCGGCGGGUGGAUCCGUGCGCUGCUGGAGGAGGCCGAGAACGAGCGCAUGCACCUCAUGACCUUCAUGGAGGUGGCGCAGCCGAGGUGGUACGAGCGCGCCCUCGUCAUCGCCGUCCAGGGCGUCUUCUUCAACGCCUACUUCUUCGGCUACCUCAUCUCCCCCAAGUUCGCGCACCGUGUCGUCGGGUACCUGGAGGAGGAGGCCGUCCACUCCUACACUGAGUUCCUCAAGGACCUGGAAGCCGGCAAGAUCGACGACGUCCCUGCCCCAUCCAUUGCCAUUGACUACUGGCGCCUCCCGGCCAACGCCACGCUCAAGGAUGUCGUCACCGUGGUGCGCGCCGAUGAGGCUCACCACCGCGACGUCAACCACUUCGCAUCGGACGUGUACUACCAGGGCAUGGAGCUGAAGGCCACCCCUGCGCCGAUCGGAUAUCACUGAUGCUUGCCGUCUUCCGCUGAAUUUUGCAUCGCUACUACUAAGCAAAUGAGCAUUUCGUUUUAAGGGAAAAGCAAAUGAGGGCUCUUCUGUAUAGGAUGUUGCAAUUCUUACUCGUUUGGUAUCUGAAUACUGAGAAAUAAGCAGUCUGCUUGCCAGUUACGAAUCUAGGAGAUUGUUGGACCAUUUUCGCUCUAGAUGAGCCUAUUUUGUGUGCGCCACAAUGUCUUCUUUUGUCAGAAUACCAUUGAUCUACCUGGCCAUGUACAUAUUCCCAAGUCUUAAGCAGUGAAGCGUGACGUCACUGUCCAA